UGUACUACACAUGCAAUAUUCACAGACCGACCCAAAGUACUACUGCUGCUUCUUUCUUGAGAGCCAUCAUCCAUGGCUACCGCCAAACCAGUUUUCUCUUCUCUGCUAAUUAUUCUCGCUCUCAGUACUCCUCUCUUUCUUCUGCUGCAUUGCAGUCAUGCACACCCUCUCAAAACUUGCAUGUUUGACGCAAUAUACCAACGGGACUCGUUUUCCGACACCGGAAAUCUGAUUCGUGAGAAUCCGGGUUUUCCAUUUUCUCGGCUCCCCUACGGGGAAACCUUCUUCAAGAAUGCCACCGGCAGGUGCUCCAACGGGUUACUAAUGAUAGAUUACAUUGCUCUGGCAGCCGGAAUUCCAUUUCUUCAUCCCUAUUUGAAUAAGGAUGUGAUGUUCAUUCGUGGUUAUGGAGAGAACUUUGCUGUAGCUGGUUCCACAGCCUUGCCUACAUAUGUUCUUGCAGAGAAGAACAUUUCGUCUCCAAUCACUAACAGCACUUUAAGUGUACAACUAGAUUGGAUGUUUAGCCAUUUCAAUGGGAUUUGUUUCGAUGAUUAUGACUGUAUCAAGAAGCUUAAAAGUGCCCUAUUCAUGGUGGGAGAAAUAGGAUGGAAUGAUUAUAACUAUGCAUUAUUUCAAGGCAAAUCUAUUAAGGAGGUCAUAGACAUGGUUCCAGAAGUUGUUCAAGCAAUAAAGGAUGCUGUUACAAGGGUCAUUGGCUAUGGUGCUUCCCAAGUUGUUGUUCCAGGCAACUUUCCAAUAGGCUGUUUACCGAUCUAUCUUACAACAUUCCAAACCAACAACGUAGCUGCUUAUGAUGAAUUUCAUUGCCUAAAGAGGUUGAAUAAUCUUUCAAUGCAUCACAAUCAUCACCUGAAACAAGCCAUUAAAGUUCUGAGAAGAGAAUACCCUAAUGCAGUUAUAAUAUAUGGUGAUUAUUACAACGCUUUUCAAUCAGUUUACCAACAUGCGCCACUUCUUGGAUUUGAUGUUGUAUCUAUACAGAAAUCUUGUUGUGGUGUUGGAGGUGAUUAUGACUUUAGCAUCGCAAGAAUGUGUGGAGCUCCUGGUGUACCUGUUUGUGUUAAUCCAAAUGAACUUAUAAGCUGGGAUGGAGUUCAUAUGACUCAGAGAGCAUACCAGUUUAUGGCAUACUGGCUCAUCAAUGACAUCUUACCAAAGCUUCAUUGCAAGGCUUAACUUCUUAGUGAAAUGUUUUAACUACAAAGAGAUUCCAGAAAAGUAAACUCACAUACUGAUGCGAUUUGAUAUGGUAUGUUAGAUUGUAAAAUAACUUUUAUUGUAAAGUACUACAUCUAACAUAUCAAUAUAUGAAGUCAUGUCAGUUUGUAGAUUUACUUUUAUAGAAUCUAUUUGUGGCUGUAGCA